AUGAUCGGAUUAAGAGGAGAUCGUCCCACUCAAGGGUCGGAAAAGUAUCGAAAGCUUGCAGGCGAAACAAGAUUCCUUCAAAUAAUAAUGAGAGAACAUAUGACAAUCUGUUAUUUAAUGGCGUCAGAUCGUAGGUCUAAACUCGCGUGGAGAGAUGAAAAAGACUUGGAUUUUUUGAAGAUGAAUUUAUUCUGCGUGGUGUGUGAAGUAAGUGGAGAGGAACGUUUGCUCAAAAGUCUUCACGAACUUCGAACAUUAAAUAAAUAUCGGCAUGAUAACAUCGUAUCACUGUAUGAGAUAUCUUUGGGUGGAGAGGAUCCGCGUUUGAUUUAUCAGUAUACGGCCAACGGCUCAGUUGAAGAUCGUCUGCAACGUAAAGAGGCACAGAGUAGUAAUAUUCCUAUUAUUCAUGGAGAUAUCAAGACAGCCAGUAUUCUUCUUGAUGGGCACUUUAAACCACAACUCAGCAAUUUCGACUUAUGGCAGAAUGGAUCAUUCAAAGAGGGCGUGGAAGAAGAGGAUUUGGUAAUAGCUUCGUAUUUUGAAGGGAGUUUUGCGUACCUUCCGCCAGAGUUCAAAAACAGCAAGAUCUUGGCUGCUAUAUAUUGUUUUGGCAUAGUUUUGCUGAAAAUCGCUAGUGGCUCCAGAGUUUAUGCAGAGGGCAGGGAAAAACCAAAUUUACCGCAACAUGUCUUGCAUUUAAAGGCAGAGAUGAAGAUGUUUAAACAAAAUUUAUAA